UAUACCAUUGACUUAGAAGAGUUGUCGGUGAAAAGGCUCAGAGGGAUCCACGACGGAGCUGAGGCGAUCAGGCCAGGAGCGGCGGCUUCUUCACUGAAAACGAUUUGCUUGAAAGAGCUUGUUAACGGUCAGUCGUUUGAACCGCUUGUUGUUGGAGCUAAAAACCUUAAAUCUUUGAAAAUUAUUCAUUGUUUGGGUGAUUGGGACAGAAUCCUUCAAUUACUUGGGAAUCAAGAUCGAUACCGAAAAGAAAAUCUAUAUGUUAAUAACAAUGAAAGCAAUGGUAACAGUAAUCCUUUGAUGGAAAUUCACCUUGAGAGGCUUCAAGUAAGUGAUAUAGGCCUAUCUGCUAUUUCCAAAUGCACCAAAAUUGAGAAUUUGCAUAUUCCGGACUGUUCGAAUUAUGGGCUUGUUUGUAUAGCUGAGCAUUGUAAGUUGUUAAAGAAGCUUCAUGUUGAUGGAUGGAGAACUAAUAGAAUUGGAGACGAGGGCUUGGCGGCUGUAGCCAAACACUGUCUUAAUUUAGAAGAACUCGUUUUGGUUGGUGUUAAUGCUACUUAUUUAAGCUUGGAAGCCAUUGCUUCUAAUUGCUCGAAACUCGAGAGAUUAGCACUUUGCGGAAGCGGGACUAUCGGUAAUACUGAGAUUGCAUACUUUGCAGCCAAAUGUAAGGCUUUGAAGAAACUUUGCAUCAAGGGAUGUCCUAUAUCGGAUAUUGCCAUUGAAGCCCUGGGCUCUGGUUGUCCCAGUUUGAUGAAAAUUAAGUUGAGGAAAUGUAGAGGAGUGAGUUGCGAGGCCGGCGAAUGGUUGCGCGAUCAAAGGGAAUCACUAGUGAUCAAUAUGGAUGCUUGUGAGGUAGAUGGUGGUUUCGAGGCUAGUGUCAGCAACGGUGGAAUUCUUGAAGUCGGGUUGGAUUAUCUGCAGGUGGUUGGCCAAGUAACCGGCGGAGAUGCUUCGACGAGCAGCAAUGGCAGGUUAGCAUUGUUAAGGUCCAAGUUUGGGGUUUUUGCUAAUAGGAAUUUAGUGGCAUGCACAUUUAGAAGGUGGUCUAACGGUGAUGAUAGUUUCAGUAGCAACUUGUGAAUGAUCUUUUAAAGAGUUGGAAACAAUACUCUUUUCUCUGAUCAUAAUGCAACCUUGUAAGUUUGUGAGAUGAAUCAUUUUUUAAUGCA